ACAACGGCAAACUUGACCUUAUAUUAUACCUUUUAGCCAAAGUGCCUCUCAGUCUUAAGACUUAGCUGAACUUAGCUUCUGCGGUCUAGCUACUCCUGACCUGACGCCAAACUCAAAGCCAUGGCUAAGACAUGCAACGAUGAUGAUGAGAAACCGAUCCCAGCCCGGGGUCCUCUUUCUCUACCCAAGAAUCGGGGGACGGGAUUCGAGUUAUACUAUGCAGAUCCUCCCAUGACACCGGAGGAGGCUCAAAUGGAACAUGAUAUCUAUUCGCCACUCCGACCCUUCCAUGAACGAAUCGAGGAGUGUAUUCAACGGUACCGCUCCCGACGCCGCAUCAACCCACGAAGUGUGCGCUACUUCAACGAGUACCUUUUCCUCGGAGGCGUCGACACCAGCCAGCGGCAGUUCACCGGUGCCCCCACCGGUGAUGACCUCGACAACAUGACAGUGGAAGAAAUCCGCAUAGCCACCGCCAUCGAUGCCGUCCACCGCUCGCGCGGCGGCGCUUGCAAGUUCUAUGCCGGAGAAGAUGUGAACGACCCAGCUUCCGGGUGGACCGUCGACUUUGCCGGCGUCGCCGCCGGCUUCCUGUCCGACACGCUCCCGUUCAUGACGGGCUACAACUAUUACGACAUGGCUGUCGCCAUCGGCGUCGUCGACAACUUCCUCCGCUACGUCCUCCACCACGACGUCUGCCCCGAGUACGCCCAGGACAUUCGGGACGCCAUUGCCCUCUGCGAGCGCGCCAACGUCGACCUGCCUCGCGCUCACGGCGCCCUGCUCCAGUUUCCCGGCCAGUUCAACCUUGCCGCGGCUGAGCUCUUCUGCCCGGGUUUCAUCCCGCACUUCCGCGAUACCCAUCAGGGUUUCCGUCGUCCCCAGAGCUUUAAAGCCGACGUCGCCUUCAAGACCGCCGUCAUGCUCGUAGGGUCUGCGGAACAUGCCCGCCAUUUGAUCAAGGUCCAGGGCGACCUUGGCGAUGUGCGGGUCGUUCGCGAAGAGGAGCGCUGUCUCGAGGUGGUGGAAGUGCGCCGUCCGGACGAGGAUCUUCGUAAGAGGUUCCGGGCCAUCCCCAUCAACGGAAAGCGCGGCAUGCUGGCCCCUGUCGGCACCGCCGUCAUGGUACCCUGCAAGAUCGAAGAUGGUUGGGACGAUGGGGAACUUGCUCGGAACCGGCCGUUGUCGACGGAGAAGCAGACCUACCUUCUCGACUCCGACAUUCUCUUCUUCCUGCAACCUGGCAUGAAAUUGCGUCUUGUCGCAUGCGACCUCAACUUUGGCGCGAGCUUCAUCAAACAGGUCUUGCAGGUCUUGGCCUCGUGGUACUGCUUCCCACCGCAGUCGUUGAUGCGCGAUUUCCGAGACCCGCAGCCCAACGAUCGCCUCGCGCCUUCGGCCAAGGACCCUGACACUGGCGGCGAGACGCUUGGAUACUAUGGAGGUGAUUACGUGUGGGGCGAGCCAGAGCCACUUUCGUCGUCGCCUUAAUUUGCAAUAAAUACCACAAAGCCAUUUGCCGAGACUAUACUCCGAUGAUCACACUGUUCCUCGUACCGUUAUUCCGAAAUUCCCUGAAACCCAUCAGCCAAUAUCCCGCAGUAAAAACGCGCCACGUCCAGAGAGUGUACAAAGAAACCAAUACAGCUAGCGAGGCCUUGGGCAUCAGCCGAAUGCACCACCUAGCUUCCCCAUCCUGCUCCGUUGCCCGCAAACUCACGACGGCAGGUUUAUUAUAGCCCUCAGGUAUAUCAAUGCAGCGUAGGUAGCUAGACGCAAGAAGCGGCGGG